GGCCAUCCAUCCAUACACCACUUGCGAUGAACCAGGGAGGACAUCAGGGAGGAGGUGCAUUCGGUCAAGCUCCCCGUCAGGAGGCAAUGGAAUAUAUCUGCGCUGACUGUGGAGCAAAAAACGAAAUCAAAUCGCGAGAACCGAUCCGGUGCCGCGAAUGUGGCCACCGUAUCAUGUACAAAAAGCGCACAACGCGCAUGGUGCAAUUUGAAGCACGAUAAUCCUCGGCGUUUUCGGACCGCACGCUUUCAAGCACAUGUCCCUCAUGGAGACACCACCCGGAUCUUUAGACUUUAGACAUACGUCGCCACCCGUGGCCUGCACAGUCGGCCCGAAUGAUCUAUGACGCUCUUGCUAUCACACUCUACCAGAUUUGAUAGCCCUCAAUCACGGGAGUCCAAAAAAUGGAUUAGAUGCGCGUAUGUAUUAUAAUGCUGCGUUAAGCUGAAAUCCAAAAACACCUUGUAAG